ACAGAGUGCAGAUAUGCCUGAACCAAAAGCAGCACCUGCCCCUAAGAAGGGCUCCAAAAAAGCCGUUUCUAAGAGCCAGGCGAAAGGAGGAAAGAAACGCAGAAAGUCCAGGAAAGAAAGCUAUUCCAUCUACGUUUACAAGGUAUUGAAGCAAGUUCACCCUGAUACAGGUAUAUGGGGAGAGCUUGCCAAGCACGCUGUUUCCGAGGGUACCAAGGCAGUUACCAAGUACACCAGCUCCAAAUAAACAGAACUACUUGCUUGAAACCAACAGCUCUUUUCAGAGCCACCCAUUUACUCU